AUGGUGGAUGGUGGAUGGCUAGAACAUGGAGGGUCGGGUAUGAGGGAUGAUCAGCGGAGAAGUGCCGGUGGAAACGAUGAUGGAGUCAUGAUGGAUAGGGUGGAUGGGGAUGGGGAUGAGGGCAUGUGUUUCCCGAUCGGGGUAGUAGGGUCUUCUUCUGUCAUGGGGGAUGGGCCGGUUCAGUUGCUCCGCAUCAGUGACUGCGAGGAGAGACAGCCGGAAUAA